CGAUGUGGCCUCUGUUGAGCUUCUCUCCCUCCUCUCAGAGGGAGAGGGAGACGAAAGGGUCAGAGUAACAAAAUAUGAGAGUCUGACCAACGAAGGGAAGGGAAGGGAAGGGAAGGGGGAGGGAUGGGAAUCGAGGAACGAGGGAGGUAAAGAUUAUGUGCUCUCCCGAUUACGGUGCUCUGUUCUGGGGCCCUCACGUCCAGCAAUUAUUUCUAUUCUUUCCUUUUCUUUUCUCCACGACGACCAGGAAGGACGAGGACGGUAUACGGGAGGGGCAUUCUAGCAGGUUCUAGGUCUUGUCCCUCCUUCACGUGGUCGACGACUCAGUCCUACGACGUCGGACUCUGUUUCUCGAAUUCUCACGAAACAUAUGGACGUUUUGCACCGGCCGUUAGCCCAAAUUGCUUCCUCACGUCAUGUGGAGUUUUGAAUCAUCGCAUGGUGUCCAAAGCCUUGGUUUUCCGGUGGACCGAGGGGCAUGUUGGUAAAUUUGGGAUCUAGACAGGGAUCUAGACCGUCAUCCAGCAGAAUUUUGAAGGCUGUAGGUUGUUCUGCCGAUUGUGGAUUGAUCGAUCGAUCGGGGUUUCAGAGUAGAAAUUCGAUUUCUGUGGUGCAAUGAGGUUUUGGGCUGCAGGGGAGAGAGGUGAAACAAUCGGGUAUCUUGGAGAAUCAAUUGAGGACGAAGAAGAGGUAGGGUAAGGUAGGAAGGAGCUUGGGAAUGCGGUCGGAGCGUCAGUUCUGGUGUAGCAGAAGAAGAGAAAGCAGGGCCUGUGCGAGGAAGGCAGCGAAGGUUUGGCUUACUUGCCAAGAGGUCAGUUAAAAGAAUAGGAGAAUGUCGCCCGGUGUUGCCAGUGCAGAGAAACAGGCGGAGAUAUUGAAGGAUCAGGGCAAUGUGUACUUCAAGAAAGAACGCCUUAGUGCGGCAAUUGAUGCCUACACAGAGGCUAUAACGCUGUGUCCUCUAAUACCGGUCUACUGGACAAACCGAGCUCUUUGCCAUCGGAAAAGAAAUGAAUGGGAGCGUGUCGAAUCUGAUUGUCGGAAAGCACUAGAACUCGACAAAGAUUCUGUUAAGGCACAUUACAUGCUUGGACUGGCGUUGCUGCAGAGCCAACAGUACAGAGAAGCUGUUAAGCAAUUGGAGAAGGCAUUGGAGCUUGGGAGAGGAGGGAAACCAGGAACCUACAUGGUAGAAGAAAUUUGGCAAGAGCUUGCGAAGGCGCGGUAUACGGAGUGGGAACAAGGUGCCUUAGUAAGAAAGCGCCAACAGAAAGAUCUCAAAGAACUUUGCGAACGUCUUUUGAAAGAAGACUGUGAAAGAAGAUUGACUAUAGCUGAUGUCAACACCGCACCCGUGAAGCAAUCGCUGGUUGAGAUUGAUGGAGUUAUUCAACUAGAUGACGAUGAGUUCUCUGGAGAUGAAAACAAGAGUGACGACCCACCAAACGAGGAGAUAACCAAGCUCUACCAUCAACAUUUAGAAACUUUAACACAGGUGUUUGAUAAAGCCGGUGCCCCAGACCGGCCAGUUGAGGUUCCGGAUCAUUUGUGCUGCAAGAUUACCAUGGACAUUUUUAGAGACCCAGUUAUCACCCCAAGUGGUGUAACCUACGAGAGGGCUACUCUUUUGGAACAUUUACGCAAGGUGGGCAAGUUUGACCCAGUGACUCGAACGCCUCUUUCUUCGGAUCUUGUGGUGCCUAAUCUAGCAAUGAAGGAAGCCGUGCAAGCGUACUUGGAUGACCACGGGUGGGCCUACAGAACGUAUUAGCUGAUCGACUGCCCUUUGUAAUUAUACAUGUGAAAAUGGUGUUGGAGAAAGUUCAAACUUUCUGCGAGCUUUCAUUGAAGAUGAUUCGGAGAAUGAUGUACCAGUCAUUCGUUGUAAGAUUUACGUUGUGGUCAGGAAGUUCUGAGCUAUAUCCAGCACAGAGAAUCCUGCAGUUGGAGCUCAUUGUAGGAUUAGUCGAAUUCUUCAAUAAUCUUCGAUGUAAUCCGGCCACUUGGUAGCCGGGAGCAAUCAGCCGAGCAGGCUUUUUACAUUGAGAUUAAUGGUUCAUAGGAAUGUACUCAUUUGUUGUUACCUUCGCAACCUUGUGGCGAACAUUUAUAUGGCGACACAGUAGUUGUGAAUCGUUACUACCGCGAUUGCAGUGAACAAACUUUUGUGGAGGUUUCUCUGUUUGAGAAAUCGUUGUCAUCAACAUCUGGUCAUAUUACGAAUUCUACAAGUUUAUGUGAA